AUGAAUGAUCUUGAUUCUGGAGAUGUUGCAAAUAAAUUUAGUGACUUCUACGAAUUCGAAGAAUUUCUAGGCUCAGGCGGAUUUGGUAAGGUAGUUUAGGCAAAGAACAUCAAAGGAGAAAGCGUAGCUGUUAAACUAGUACCCAAGAGAGAAUGUAGAAGAAGCUAUUCGGAAAUACUAGCUGAAGCAAGCAUUUUGAGUCAGAUGAAGCACCCAAAUAUUGUUUAAUUUAAGAGAGUACAUGAGACCGAUACAAGAUUAUUGAUCGAAAUGGCUUUGGUCAAGUACGGACAAUUGAAAAGAUUAUUUACAGACAAAAUUGAAUUGAGUUACGAAAAGAAAAGACAAUUUAUGCAAACCUUGUUCAAGACAGUUGCAUUCAUCCAUGAAAGAGGAGUAGUCCAUCGAGACAUUAAACCUGAGAACCUUUUACUUGAAGACCCUAACGAUAUGACCACUUUGAAAAUAGUAGAUUUUGGAUUGUCAACUCGAUCUCAGCUUCUCAUCAGCGGCCAAUGUGGCACUCUCAUCUACAUGGCUCCAGAAUUCUUCACUAGCAAGCAUUACUCUAAACCAGUUGAUAUUUGGAGUUGUGGAAUCAUAUUGUACAUGGUCUGCACUAAUGGGAAGCAUCCAUUGUAUGUCUAAGGAUAAACAGCUGAGGAAUAUAGAGAAAAAUUGUACGAUCAUAUACAAAACCCACAAUGGAAUUUCCCUGAUGGUUUUGAUUAAUUGGCCAAGAACCUGUUCUUGAAAUGUGUUGCUGAGGACCCUAUGCAUAGAUAUAAUGCGCAUCAGAUCUUACAUCAUCCAUGGAUUACUGGAAAGGUCAAUGAUCCUAUCCCACUCUCCUUGCCUGAGAUGUAUAAGUCCUUCUCGAUGAGAGAACGUGUAACAAGAAUCAUUAAGGCUUUGAUGGUAAUUAGGAUGAUGUCAAAGGACUAUUGGAGAUGUGUCAAUACCAAGAAGAUUGAUUCAUCUUAUUUAGAACAAUGUAACAAAAUUUCAUAGGUUCAUUAAUAGUAAUAAUAAUAAUAAAGUUUACUAGAUAAGUCAUAUGUUAAGGAAAUGAUGGCAGAGCAUGCAUAAAUUAAAUCAAGACAACAUAAUCACAACCAUAGAGUUGAAACUCCAAAAUAUUAAAGUAUUUUAAAACGAUUGAUUGAUCCAUCUCGAAAUUAGCAUGACUCAUACCUUGACUAACCUAAUAAUAGCUAAAUUGCAGAUGAAAAUAUACUCAAUUAAUACAAUUCCAAUAACAACCAUCAGUAAACCGAAGGCUCUUAGCGUUCUGUUUCUUAAUAAAGUAUUUAGGAUGCAUAGGAGUGUGCUGAAUCAAAUAGUGGCAAACUUAUUAUUAUCAAAAGAAGCAAUCAAAAUAAGAAGAAGACCAAAAAGAUUGUUUAAUUUAUUAAUACAAAAAAAUAGAACAACAGUUCAGUUGACCUACAAUAGAGAUCUAGAUCCACAACAGCCAAUAAUCCAAAAUAACUGAUGAAUACUCUUGUAGAGAACAAACAAUUUGAAUCUCCUAAGAAAAUUUAGUUGGCUUCUCUCACUUAAUUUUAAUAAUAACAACAAUCUCAACCACAUCUCAUCUAGCCUUAGUAAUCCAUACCAUUUCUGAAUACUGCCUCAUAAUUGAAUGUGUUAAAACCACUUCCAUCUAACUAAUCCCCUGUUCACAGACUAAGUAGUCACAAUGGUGGCACUACUCCCAGCCUUCACAAUAUCUUGAAUUAAAACAUAGAGCAAUAACAACAGCAGUAAAAUCAUUCCUAAGCCUAUGGUUAUAUUAGAAAAACUAGUGUUAUUUCUUAAGAUCCAAAGAUUGUUGAACCUCCAAGAAAAAGGAGUAACACUUCUACUAGAAAACUAAGUGUUGUAGAAUUAGAUUGCCAUGAUUAAUAAAAGUAUGAAUAGCAAGAAAAAAUUGUUCAUAAUUAAUUUUUACCCAGAGGAUGGUGCAAAACCUUACCAUUUUAAAAGUUUCUGGCUCCCAAAUAGAUGUAAGUCCACCCUUAAUUUAUUGAACUUAAUGCCUUGAGAUAGCAGAUUAAAAUUCCAUUACCGAUAUAGCUCUAAGUUCCAAAAAAAAAAUGA